AAAGAGAACAAACAGGUGCGUGUUGAAUUAAAGAGAGAGGUAAAUCAAGGGAGGUAACAAGUUAAUCACACCUAUCAAGAAUGGAGGAAGAGACAGAAGUGUUGAGGAAAGAGCUAAAAUGGAUACUAGAAGAUCAGGUUCACAAAGUUUUACAAGAAGUUCAGCAUACUCUACAGGAAUGUAGUCGAAGGUUUCCAAUACGAUGUGGUUUAGAUGAAAAUAAAAGUUUAGUUGUACCUCACAGAAUUCUUCUUUCUAGUCCCAAUGGUGGAAGUACUAUAAAGUGUGUUGUAACCUUACUUGGAGAUAGUAUCUGUGAUGCAGACAUCAACUUCAAGCACAAACAAGCCAAAGACCAUCACAACUUUAAAACUACUAUCAAUCCUGAAGUCAGCUGGAAAUUACAACAGAUUCAGGAUGCUGGAAACUAUUUAGUAAAAGCCAUGUUUUCACUCAAUCAAAUAGACAAAGAUCAUGUGUUCCAUUCUGCAAAAGAAGUUUGUUUGCUUUUAGAUGAAUUGAUUAGCAGUUUAAAUCAGGGUAGAUCAUGUCUGGCUUAUCCUAAAAGAAAAUCCAUUGAAGAUAUUAUAUACAGUAGAAAUAUGCAAAUUUUAGUCCCACCGGUGCCAAAUGAUACAGCGUUAAGUUUUUACAUCCAUUCUUCCAAACUUAUAAUGUCUUUGUAUAGUAUCAACAUGUCAUCGCAAGGACGAACAGAAAUAACAUCAAGGCAGCAGAUAGAGUGUACAGUUCAAUGGUUAAAUGAAGCAGUGAUGUUAUUUACACUUGCCUUACAACAAUGUCAGCAGCUCAAAGAUAAGAUCUCCAUUUUAAAGCAGUAUGAAGAAGUAUCAUGAUAUUUCUCCAAGGGAGAUAAUUCCGCCAUUAUCUGUGAUUUCUAAGACUGUGAUGACCUGGUGUGUUUGCCUUAUUUCAUCAGUUUGCAGUUAUUAUUUACGUGCUGAGAAUGAAAGUUUGAUAAUAUGCAACCAAGAAUGAACAGAAUAUUUAUUUAAUCAGAAAUAACCAUAAAGUCCCAUAUCAUAAACUUUGUAGCAUAGAGAAAAAUGGUUGUGUAUAAGUUCACCAUGUAUUAUUAACAUUAGAAAGUAUUUCGAGAUGUGCCCUUUCAAACAUAAAAAAGACAAAUAUUUUCAGGAUGUAAAAUUUGAUACUGUGGUCCUCACUACUCCCUAUCAUCAUAGAAAAUUCUGUCUUAUUUAAAAGUAUAUUUCUAAAACAAGUUUAUUAAUUCACAUACACAAUUUCAUUACUUUGUUUACAUUGGUUUAAUAUGUCAGGAAACACACUUAAUUAAAAUUAUUCAUACUAAUUCAAUAAAAAUAUUUAGUUGAGCUUUGUCAGAUAGCAAUCGACCCUAUACAAACAAAUUACAAUAAAAUAGUGUUCACCUUUUUAGGGGUGAAAAAAAAAUUGGGGUUUGAAAAAUCUCUACGCAAAAUCUGCAGCUGUUGAAAAUUAAGUUGAUAUAAGAAUUCUACUAGAACGACCAAAACUUAUCUUUAGUUUGUAUUUGAAUGUUCCAAAAUCAGUCAGAUUCUUAUAAAUGUACAUGUAUAUGUGCACUUGCAGAAGGUUGAUGUAUAUCAAACGCCACUCACUUUAUGAAUAAACCAGAUGUAUAAUGCCAAACUUGUAGUAAAUACAUGUAGAUCCUGGAGGGAUAAGAAAAGGUGUGUUCAGUUGUUGUAGAUAACAAAUUCGUUUUCUAUGUUUGAUUAAAAAAUUAUGUUAUUUAUGCAAAUAAUAAAAAAAUAUUCACAAUA